CCAGCAUCUCUACAACCGCGAGGACAUUGCCUUGUGUCCAGAUGCUCAAUGUCAAAUGGUAUACAGAAAUAUCCCGGAUUUCACGCGUUCGUGCGAUCUUCGAAACUUCAAGUCUUAUAAGGAUCAAUGAUAUUUACGCCUUUCGCGAUAUCUGACUCGUCAUGGCACAAAGCAAACGUAUCCUCGCCUCCUUCGCAUUCAUAUUCCUCCCAAGUUUGGUCUCAGCCUUAGCGUUUGAGGGAGCUGUUGGCUUUGGCUCAAUAGCAACCGGAGGAACUUCUCCCUUCGCUGUAACCACCCUUGCUGACUCUGGUACGGGGUCUUUCCGCGACGCCGUUAGCGAGUCAGGGAGAAAUAUAACCUUCUCUGUCAGUGGCUACAUCGUCCUGGAGUCUCCGGUGUCGCUUUCCAGUGACCUCACUAUCAACGGCCAAACUGCACCGUCUCCGGGAAUUGGAGUCAUGGGAAGGGAGGUUUCUGCGAGUGGAAAGACUAAUAUCAUCGUACGGAACUUCCGUAUGAGGCAAGGAACGGAGGAAACAGAUGACGGGAAGAGUGCGUUCAAUAUGGGUGACGCAAGUAAUAUUAUCCUAGACCAUUGUUCGCUCGAGUAUGGAGUAUUUGACACUGUCGACGCUGUCGGUGCGGUUAAUGUCACGGUUUCAAACUCCAUUAUUGCUUUGCCUAUUGGACAGCAGUUCGGAGCUCACUUGGAAACGGGGCCAUCUACGUGGUAUGCAAACCUCUGGGUUAGCGCACACAAUCGUCAGCCUCUGUCAAAGGCUAACACGCAGUAUAUCAACAAUGUUAUCUAUAACUACCAAGCUGGUUAUACUGUUGCCAAUACCGGGGGCGUCUUUUCCCAUGAUAUAAUCAGCAAUUACUUCAUCGCUGGACCCAGUACUACAAGCGCUUCCGACGAUUACUUCCAAAUCGACGACAACCAAAGUGUCUUCGCCACCGGCAACUUGUUAGACAGCAACCAGGAUGGGGUGCUAAAUGGCGCGGCAGCUAAUACAGUUGGCAGCGCACAAGUUUUAAGCUCGCCCUGGGCUCCGACCUCGCUUAGCAUAGCUGGCAGUCUCACCGCAGCGGAAGCAUAUGCAUUGGUGAUAGCUAAUGCUGGGGCUUCACCCCGCGAUGAGGUUGACGCGUUUGUUGUUUCCACCGUCCAAUCUUUGGGGACGGAGGGCGCGAUCAUCACUGACCAGGAUAGCACUGGUCUCUCCAAUGACGGAUAUGGAACCCUCUAAUUAUAUACCCAUGUACAAAAAUUGUUAGCUACAUAGCUUUCAUUUUACUCACUUACAAUACUCCAAACGAAGGUACUACUUCUUACUCAAGCCAUUCCAUAUCAUGUCAUACGACCACUGUCUCGGCAACCACUUCAAGGCUUUGUACACCCAAGUCGAUCCUCCC